AUGGUUGGGGUUCCAGGUCGAUCUCAAGGCUGUAUUACAUGCCGGAGCAGGAAGAAAGGCUGUGAUGGCCAACGGCCCGCCUGUUUGCGAUGCAUUCAAGCCGGCUUGCAGUGUGGUGGUUACAGUCGGCACCCCGUCUUUAUCGCUAGUACACCAGACUCGCAAGGUAACCUGGCCACAUACACAAGAGCGACUCCAGCAUUGACGGCAUCAAGUCAUACCAGCCAAUCGUCCUCGGCACAAGACGUCACGUUGUCGCAAAGCUUGACACAGACAGCCUAUAAUGCUCGAUACAUGGACAUGUUCUGGUCUCAUUAUCUGCCUUGCGGCGAGACCCUAACCAACGAGGCCAUGAAACUAGGCAACGGAGGCUGGAUCAAUCUGGCACUGGACCUCUUCUCCACAGACAGCACUCUGCAACUUGCCAUGCAAAGCGUUGUUCUUCGCGGGAUGGGUAUGCGCAACGCUGACCAAAGUUUGAUGCGGCAAGGGUCUGCUGCAUAUUCCAUGUGUUUAAAGGACUUCAAUAAAGCACUUUCCGACUCUGGUCGUCGUAGCACGGACGGAAUACUGUGUACAGUAAAGCUCUUGUCGUUGUUUGAAAUGCAUUAUGGCGCUGAUGAGACAGACAAGCUGGCACAACAACGAAGCUGGGGCGCUCACGCCAAUGGUCAGCUAGCAAUGCUCACCUUGAGGGAGCCCCAGGAUUUCCGAAGUGGCAAAGCUCAUCAGCUUUUUGUCGACUACCGAUACAAUCUGAUUAUCUCGGCAAUUGUUGAGAGGAAGCGGUUUGUCUUGGACGGGAAAGGUUGGAACACGAAGCCUUGGAAGUCGAUCCGCAAGUCGCCGCGGGACAAGCUUUUAGACAUACUGAGCGAACUUUGCCAGGUACUAGAGGAAGUGGAUCACAUGCAAGCGUGCACAAAGCUGGAUGAAAAGACUGUCCUGAGGCAGGAUAUCCUGCGUCGUUGCUGGCGCCUCGACGAGCUACUCCGGGCAUGGACCAACGAGACGACGAAAUUGAAGAAUUUCGAACAUGACCACUCACUCGAACCCAAAGACCCUCAAGACUUUGCUCUUGCACACCUGACAAUACUGUAUUGGGCUACCGGUGCUCUGGUUCACGCAAAUCUCUUUGCUCUUGUUGACAAAGAUGACGCACUUCCUCCGAGGAUCAACCCGCUCAUAUUUGUCCACAAGGUCGCGUCAGCCAUGCCCUUCUUCCUACAUCCGCGCGCCGGCGCCAUGGGUCCCAAGAUUGCGUCAUUUCCGCUUGGAAUGGCACUUCAAGUAUACUAUGGUAUGGAGGACGAGCCAUCUGAGGAUAUUGAUAUCUUCGCGGGGUUCACCGAGUCGGGAUUUGAUGCAACGGCAAUAGUGAACUUUAUUUUGAGCAUGCAACGAGGAUAUGUGAAGACGGAGGUGGCUGAUCGCGGUGGGCUUCAAGGCACGAGGACUCUAGCAAAAGCAUGGAUGAAUUUAUCGGGCGUGUAA